AUGGACUGCCGCAAUAUUCAGACCACCGAUUUCGCCUGCAUCACGGCUUGCCUCUUCUCUCUACUUUCAACUGCUUCUUUCCUCCCAAUGUCCUUUUUCAGUCCACCAGCUAUUGAUGUAGUGCUUGGAGCAUGUCAGGGCAGGGAGAAGGAAGAGGAGGGGAAGAAGGAGGACCUAACCCUAUCAAAUUUUCUCACGGAAUUUUAG